AUGCUGCCCUCGCAGGAGGCCUCCAAGCUCUACCAUGAGCACUACAUGCGGAACUCGCGGGCCAUCGGCGUGCUCUGGGCCAUCUUCACCAUCUGCUUCGCCAUCAUCAACGUGGUGGUCUUCAUCCAGCCCUACUGGGUGGGCGACAGCGUGAGCACCCCCAAGCCUGGCUACUUCGGCCUCUUCCACUACUGCGUGGGCAGCGGGCUGGCGGGCCGCGAGCUCACCUGCCGCGGCUCCUUCACCGACUUCAGCACCAUCCCGUCCGGCGCCUUCAAGGCCGCCGCCUUCUUCGUGCUGCUCUCCAUGGUGCUGAUCCUGGGCUGCAUCACCUGCUUCGCGCUCUUCUUCUUCUGCAACACCGCCACGGUCUACAAGAUUUGCGCCUGGAUGCAGCUCUUGGCAGCUCUGUGCCUCGUGCUGGGCUGCAUGAUCUUCCCCGACGGCUGGGACGCCGAGACCAUCCGGGACAUGUGUGGGGCCAAGACGGGGAAGUACUCACUUGGGGACUGUUCGGUGCGCUGGGCCUACAUCCUGGCCAUCAUCGGCAUCCUCAACGCCCUCAUCCUCUCCUUCCUCGCCUUCGUUCUGGGCAACCGGCAAACAGACCUGCCCGCCGAGGAGCUCAAACAGGACAACAAAGAUUUUGUGGGCUCCACAGUAAGCUCCGUGCUGCGGCCAGGGGGUGACGUCUCGGGAUGGGGAGUGCUCCCCUGCCCUGUGGCCCACUCCCAGGGGCCCUGAAGGCCAGGAUCACAGCCCGGGAAUUGACCUGACCUCGGCCUGUCCUGGCUCUGGCCCCCUCGUCCCUCCAUUCAAGCUCCCGGGGAAGACUCCAUGGCAGACCGGCUUCUCACCUACGGCUUCUGGUUGGAAGAGAGGCUGGAGCCGGGUGCGGCCCGGGGCAUGGGAGACGCCCUGGAGAACCUUGGAGGGCCUGGUUCUGGCUCCUGCCUCAGUCUGACCUAAGGGGGCCUGAAUCCCACCCCCCAAGACCUGCAAGUACCUCCUCUGCUCUGUAGUCAGGCCUGGAGGCCCCUGCAGGUCCCCAGAGGAAGGGGGUCCUGUGGCUCCAACUCCCAGGUUCCCCGUCUCCUACAGAAAUUUAUUCCAGACACUGCCCCAGGUGGGCUGGACUCUUUGCUACUUUUUUCUUUUCUUUUCUUUUCUUCUUCUUCUUUUUUUUUUUUUUUUUUUUGCUGAUGUUGGUUCCACUGCAUCUGCCAACAGAGCUCCAGGUGCCACCAGCCUUCCGGGGGCCACCUGAGCCUGUCCCAGCCUGCUCCCAGCUCUCCCAAAGGAGUGUGUGCUACACCUGGGGAGAGUGCACAGGGCCUGUCUGUCCACUGCAGCCCAGGCCCCGAUCGGCCAGAGCCUCAGAACACAGGCUAUGGAGCAGCAGGGCAGGCAAAGGGCCAAGCCGGCUGGAGCUUUGGACGCUGCCCCGCCUGGGGCCAGCCUGGCCUCCUGGCUGCCAGGGUGAGUCACUGGCAGACCCUUGUCCCUGGCCGGUUUUGUACGGCACAGAAGUGGCCUCACUGUCAGGGUUGGGUUUUGGGGAGGGGGCCCAAUGGUGGGGAACUAGGGCUGCAUCACCCCUUCUGCCCCUCUCCUGCCCCCACACCUGGGCAUCUGCCAAGGGCAGAGACUCUCUUGCCUCUUUGAUACUUUUCUGUGUAACUUGAACUUGCAGGUCACCUCUGAACAGGGUACCCCCUGUCCCCAUCCCAGGCCUUGUUAUCCCAUCCCUGCCCCUGCCUCCUCCUCGCCCACCUCUGGCCUUGCGAACUGCCCAGGGCCUGCAGCCUGAUGGGCAGCGCUUGGAGCUGAGGCACGAGUGUGCGUGUGUGCGAGUCCAUGCCUGAGUGUGCGAGUGCACAUCUCUGUGUGCAUGUGUGUGCCAGUGCAUGCCUGCUUGUGUGUGUGCGCGUGCUUGAGUGUGUGUGUGAGUGUAUGAGUGCCGGAGUGUGUGUGUGAGCACACGAGUGUGAGUGCCACCGGAGACAGAUGAGAAGUCGUCUCUCGCCCUCCCCUCCCGCGGUGGGGGGGACGUCCCCCUCCCCCUGGGCCGGAGCGACUGCGUUGGGGGUGGAGUGCCGCAUCAC